AUGCUCCGAACCGGUGCCGUAAAAGCGCUUCAAGCUAUCACACGGAUUCAGGUCCCCCGACAAUUACCUGCGUUCCGAUCUCAAAUCUCAUCUUCAUAUCUGCAAUCCUCGCGAAUCGCUCCCGCAUUCUCUGUCCCAAGCAUAAGAUGCUACUCGGCAUCUGCCGGUCUCACAAAACCAGAGGUCCAGGGCCGGAUAAUGGAUUUGUUGAAGAAUUUUGACAAGAUAAGCGGUACAUCGCACUUCCAGAAUGACUUGGGGUUGGACAGCUUGGAUACCGUCGAGGUAGUCAUGGCCAUUGAAGAGGAGUUCAGCAUCGAGAUCCCGGACAAGGAAGCCGACGCCAUUCAUAGCGUCGACCAGGCAGUUACCUACAUCGUCGCUCAGCCAGAUGCUCACUAG